AUAAAACCAAGAAAUAUACUUAUAACAUAAAAGCAUGAAAUAAAAAAAUAAAGGAUAUUCGCACGUAACAAUUUCGAAUAUUCUACUCUUUCUUCCCUCCUUUCUUUUCUCUUCAUACCGUUUAUAUGACUCUUAACUCCUCCAUUUUCUCUCUCUCCUCUAUUACCUUCACCUUCACUUUCCAUUUUCUCUCUCCUCCAAUAAACCCUAAAUUUUCAAAUUCGUGAUUUUCCGACGUUUUUCGGCGACGAUUUUGUGAUUUUCCGAUUGAUUUUUGAUUGAUUGAUUCUUGAUCAGAUGAAGUUUGGGAAGAGUUUGAGCAAUCAGAUCGAAGAAACGUUGCCAGAAUGGCGAGAUAAGUUUUUGUCGUAUAAAGAUUUGAAGAAACGGUUGAAGUUGAUCGUUCCGAAGAAUAAUGGUGGUAACAAUAGCGGCGGAGGUGGCGGCGGCGGUGAUGAAAGCUGUAAUGACCGUCCGAUGAAGAAGCAGAGGAUCGACGGUGAGGAAAGUAUGACGAAGGAAGAGGUUGAUUUCCUCAGAUUGUUGGAAGAUGAACUUGAGAAAUUCAAUACUUUUUUCGUUGAGAAAGAGGAAGAAUAUAUCAUCAGAUUAAAGGAAUUGCAAGACAGAGUUGCAAAGGCAAAGGUUUUUAAUUAUGAAGAGAUGCUCAAAGUUAGGAAAGAGAUUGUUGAUUUUCAUGGGGAGAUGGUUUUGUUGGAAAAUUACAGUGCCCUCAAUUAUACAGGUUUGGUGAAAAUUCUCAAGAAGUAUGACAAAAGAACUGGCGCACUCAUUCGCUUACCAUUUAUUCAGAGGGUCUUGCAGCAGCCUUUCUUCACAACGGACUUAAUUUACAAGCUCGUAAAGGAAUGUGAAAGAAUGCUCGACCUUCUCUUUCCAACUGAUGACGAGCCAACCACAGCCUAUUCAGCCGUUGGUGAUGAGAGGUGCGACCCUACAACCAGUUCCACCAGCGAGAGUAAUGGUCUGCUCAAAUGUCCAAAGGAACUUGCAGAGAUCGAGUACAUGGAGAGCCUCUAUAUGAAGAGCACUAUCUCGGCACUGAGAGCCUUAAAAGAAAUCAGAAGCAAAAGCUCGACUGUGAGCAUGUUCUCACUGCCUCCCCUGCAACUCGCUGGUGCAGAGGAGACAUGGAAGAAGAUACCUAUUCUUGAACAAGUAGCCAAGUAGGCAGCACUUGCUUCUAGAGGGGACUAGAGAAGAGACGCUACUCUCGUCUCCUUCAUGUAUUUUUUUACUGUAUUUUUUGUCCCUCGAUCUCUUAUGUCUGUCUUCAUAGAAUACUAACACAAAAUGUAAUACUACAACUUACUUCAACUACCAUUAGCAGGUAUACUAAGAGCAUGAAUUAUGCACUGUAUGAUAAGGUUUGUCUAUCAAGUAUACUAAGAGCAUGAAUUAUGCGCUGUAUGAUAAAGAUUAUGUUACGCACAAUGUACAAGUUUCAGAACAAAUUACUUGUUGAUAACUUGUCCAUCCA